AUGAUGCUAGGAUAUGAUUCCCCUUGCACCACCAGUGCUCCCUUCAGCUCAUCCCUCCCUCCUGCCCUUGCUCCACCUUUUACCUGCUCCUUCCCUCCUCGUCUUACCAGGAGCAUCGAAAGAGACGACGAGAUGGUUCGAUCAGGAGGCUUUGUCCUCGUCUCGGGCUGCCUCUGCUUGAGCAUCGAAAGAGACGACGAGAUGGUUCGAUCAGGAGGCUUUGUCCUCGUCUCAGGCUGCCUCUGCUUGAGCAUCGAAAGAGACGACGAGAUGGUUCGAUCAGGAGGCUUUGUCCUCGUCUCAGGCUGCCUCUGCAUGGACCCCACUAUGCUUGCCAAUGUCUCGAUGGUGGACGUCAAAGCACAGACAGCUGAUGUGCUGAGGCGAAUCGAAGCAGUCCUGAAGCAGGCAGGCACCAACCUGGUUCGGCUGGGCCAACGGAACGCAGCAGCCAGGGCUCGCACCCAUGCUGCCACCGGCACUCCCCACACUCCUCCCCAUCCGCAUUCCAGCAACCCUACCGCCCCUAACCACCAUCCGCACGUCUUCACCCAUCAUGCCUUCCACAAUCCUUCUGGCACCCCCAACACUCCUCCUCCCCAUCCGCAUCCCAGCAACCCUACUAACAGUAGCCACCAUCCCCACGUGUACACCCACAAUGCCACCGCCAACCAUGCGUUUCGCGAUCAGCAUGGAGUUGCCAAUCCGCAUGGCAAUCCGCAUGGCAAUCCGCAUGGCAAUUCGCAUGGCAAUCCGCAUGGCAAUCCGCAUGCCAAUCAGCAUGGCCUUUCCCUCGACCAUUCUCCUGUGCCGCGCAGUCUUGCCAAUCCGCAUGGCAAUCUCAACAACCCAAGUGACCCUGUGUCACCUAGGGCGUAUCCGCAUGUGAAUGGCGAUCCAAGCAGACUCGGGGAUCCCCAAUCGCAUGCGCCACAUGAUGGAGCACAUGACGCACAUCAGUCACAUGAUGAUGAUGCCGCUGCUGCUGCUUACAGGCAUACGAAAGUCAGCUAUGCAUACAGACGUACGACCAACGGCGUGGAGCAGGAUGGUAGGGACAGCACAGGUGAACCUGCCGGGAGGUUCGGCAUCAGGUCCGGUAAUAGGUCCGGUAAUAGGUCUGGCACUAGGUCCGGUAUGAGGUCCGGCGUUAGGCCUGUUGACGGGCCUGUGACAUGGGAAGCGGGCAGUGGUGCGGCUGAUGGUGAGUGUGGUGGUAUUGGCGGUUAUGAGCGGGAUGGUAUGGCUGGUGCUGCCGAUGCAGAUACAUAUGGGGGGGAUGAUGGAUGUGGGGCAGAGGAUGAGGAGGAUCCAUGCGGUGAGGAUGACGAGGCAUGUGCGAAUGACGAAGAUCCAUGCCAAGCCAUGGAUGCUCCAUCAUCAUCAACCAUCCGCCCUCGCUGCUCCUCGCUCCCACCUCCCUCUGCCCAACCUGCCACUGUAUCUGUAUUCACUACUGUCCAUGCUAUUGCCGGUGCUACAGCCCUUGCUACAGCCGGUGGUGCUAGGACCCGUCGCGUUUCGUCUGCUGCAACAGCUGCCGGUACCGGACGUAACAGUAGCCGGCUCUCAGGCGGUUUUCCAGGUGGUUUUCCAGGUGUUUUUUCAGGUGGUUUUCCUGGGCCUUCUGGGACGUGCUCUGCUCCUGCGACACCUGUUUCGUCUGCAGCAGCAGUCCGCUUCCGUCCGGGCUCAAACGCCCAAGAUGUAACUCCAGAUGUAAUCGAGGAUGCAACGGCAUAUGUAACGCGAGAUGUGAUGCCAGAUGUAACGCCGCUGCCGCCUGCUCUACUGACACAGCUGCAAGAAUUGGAUGAAUCUGAAAGGGUAGGUGUAGCAGUGAGGCCUGCAUUGGCUGAUGAUACUGCUGCUGGUGGUGCUGGUGGUGCUGAUGGUGGUGCUGGUGGUGCUGAUGGUGGUGCUGGUGCCGGUGCUGGUGCUGGUGCUGGUGCUGAUGCUGGUGUUGGUGCCGGUGCUAGUGCCGCCGGUGCUGGUGAUACUGCUGCCGGUGCUGUUGGUGCUGCAGGCGUUGAUGGGGUUGAUACUGCUGCCGGUGCGCGUGGUGCUGCUGGCGUUGCUGGUGCUGGUGGUGCUGGUGCUGGUGGUGCUGGUGAUGCUUCCGGUGUUGGUGGUGCUUCUGGUGCUGGUGCUGCUGGUGCUGCUGGUGCUGGUGUUGCUGAUGCCGGUGCAGCAUCAGCAGCAGGAGUAGGUGCAGGUGCAGGAGCAGGAACUGCAGCAGCAGCAGCAGCAGCAGCAGCAGCAGCAGCAGCAGCACCAUCAACAUCGUCAUCAGCAGCAGCCGCAGCAACAGCAGCAUCACCAGCCGAGCAGGGAUCAGCCAGGGAUGGACAGGAGCACUUGCUGCAUCAGCAGCAGCAGCAACAACAGCAGCAUCAGCAGGAGCAGCAGCAGCAUACUGGUGCGGAAGGUAGCACCCCUGAAACUGCAGCUGGGGGUGAAGGCACCACGCCCGAAACUGCAUUCAGUGAGCACAACCCAAGCAGAACUGCCCCCACUAGGGAAGCAAGGAGUAGCCAUGAUGACCAGUCACUCCCUCUUGCUUCUCCUCCUGAUGCUUCCAGCAAUGCUUUCAGCGAGAACCCCACGGCCUUCAGUGGGAACAACGCCAACAGGCAAGAAGAUCCCCCCGCUAGCAGACGGGAGUCUAGAGACCACUGGGCUGUUCAGAACACCCAGACCUUAAACCCUAAUACUGAGCUUCCCCCAUCUGCCUCCCCUGCAAAGGCUGUUCCCUCGCCUUACCCCGCUGCUGGGACUGCCUUAGACUCGCCCCUGGGGAUGCGUAACUCUCCUAUGCCUGGGAAAGCAUUCGCCCGUUCUGUCUCUCCAGGGAGUGUGUUCCCCCCUCGUGCCCUUCACAAGGCAACGAUUAGGCUUGUUGGGAUGAAGAGAGAGAGGGAGGAGGAAGGGGAAGAUGUGGGUGUGCCAGUGGGACCGAUGGUGGGUGGAGGGGGGAGGGUGGCGGAGGUUACUGUGACUGUAUCCGCUGUUCCUAUGAGGAAGUAUAUGAGGAGUGCGAUUGGGAGGGAGGGGGCCGGGGAGUGGGAUGGGGAGUGUGAGAGGGAGGAUGGGGGAGAGGAGAGGAGGGAGGAGGGUAUGGAGGAGGGGAGUGAGGAUGGGGAGGAGGAGGGGAGGGAGGAAGGGAGGGAGGAGGGGAGGAGGGAGGAGGAAGGCAGCAAUGAGCAUGAGCUGGGAACAGCAGCAGGGAAACGAGGAGCAGAAGGGGCGGGAGGAGCAGAAGGGGAGGGAGGAGCAAGAGCCGGCCUGCGGGCAGGGGGCGGGUGGGGAGCAGGCGGGGCAGCAGUGUCAGGAGCGGCAGCGGCAGCGUCGGAAGCAGCAGCAACGGUGACGGCGCCAGCAGCAGCAGUGCCUGCUGGUCUUUCCAGGGGGGAUGCUGAUGCAGUAGCAGCUGCUAGUGGUAGUGGGGUUGGGAGGGAUGUUAACUAUGCUAGUGAUAGAGUAAUGACUGGUGGUGGGGGUGGAGGGGAGGUGAUGGUGCUGAGCUGUACUGCCAUGGUGCCUAGUGAUAGAGUAAUGGAUGGUGCAAUACCUGCUACUGCUGCCUGUGCUCCUGCUUCUUCUUCUGCUGCUGCUGCCGCCGCCGCUGCCGUUGCUGCUGCUGGUGCUGCUGCUGGUGCUGGUGCUGGUGCUGGUGCUGGUGGUGGUGGUGCUGCUGCUGGUGCUGCUGCUGGUGCUGCUGCUGGUACUGCUGCUGGUGCUGCUGCUGGUGCUGGUGGUGGUGGUGCUGGUGGUGCCGAGAGGGCAAUGGUGGUUAGCGGUGUUGCAAGCGCUGUUGCUGCGAGUGGUGGUGUUGCUGUGGGUGCUGGAGGGGAGGUGGGGGCGGAGGGGAGAUUCAUGUGUCUUGCGCCUGGGUCAAGCGCUGCUGCUGCGAGUGGUGGUGUUGCUGUGGGUGCUGGAGGGGAGAUUGGGGUGGAGGGGAGAUUCAUGUGUCUUGCGCCUGGGUAUAAUUUGAAAACAUUUGUCCUCUUUCCUCCCUCUCCCUCCUCCCUCUCCCUCCUCCCUCUCCCUCGUCCCUCUCCCUCCUCCCUCUCCCUCCUCCCUCUCUUUCCUCCCUCUCCCUCCUCCCUCUCUUUCCUCCCUCUCCCUCCUCCCUCUCUUUCCUCCCUCUCCCUUUUCCCUUGCCCACUACCCUACCCACAGGUGCACAGCAAGACGGCACGCCUGUACGAGUGCAACUUGCUGCGAGUGGACGGAUCCUCUUGCGACUUCAAGACGCACGAUGCGGGGAAGAUGAGCAACCAUAAAAAGUACAGCCUGGCGCACAACCGCCGGGAGGACUUCAAACACCCCUGCGAGUCAUGUGGGACGCGCUUCCCUAGAAGGCACGAGCUUGAUAGGCACAAGCCGGCGUGCAAGGGUCCUUCCGCUGCUGCCGCCGCUCCCAGCCAGCAGCAGCAGCAGCAGCAGCAGCAGCAGCUGGUGCGAUCGAGCGUUCCCACCGUCACCGUUCUGACCAGUGCCAACGUGCAUUCCCUUGCUGACGUGGCUAAUAAUGACAACGGGGACGAUGCGGGCGGCGCAAAUCAGGCGUCAAUUCAGGCAGCGAACCAAGCUUCCUUUCAAACCCAGAUUCAAGACUCCUUCCCAAUGCACAGCCAGCCUCCAUUCCAAUCGCCGAACCAAGGCGCAUUCCAGGAGGGGGAGGGGGAAGGGGGGGAGGAGGAGGAGGAGGAGGAGGAGGAGGAGGAGGAGGAGGAGGAGGAGGAGGAGGAGGAGGAGAAGGAGGAGGGGGGCGAGGAGGAGGAGGAGGAGGAAGAGGAGGAAGAGGAGAAAGAGGGAGGGGAAGAGGAGGAGCAGUAG